CCAGGCUCCAGUGCUAUGUUACUCUUGACUGUGUAUAGGGAAGAGGAGGGGGGGCGACUUUCAGAUGACAUUGACGCUAUGUAGACGGGAGUUGAGAACUGCGCUCCCUUCAACGUUUCUGGUUGUUGAUGUUAGACAGUCGCACAAGGCGAAGCGGCUGCUUCUCGUGUUGAUUCGCCACCUCGUCAGCACUGCGCGCUGCUGGACAGCUCCCCGCUGCGGGAUACGUGCGCGCUUUCCUCUCGGACACCUUUGGCGCUGGUUCCAAGUAUUUUAAUGGAAAGAAAAUAUAUUUAUGUUCCAAGUAAAACUGGAAGUUUACAACUUCAGGAGGAAUCUACGGAUACCUCGUUUCAAGAUUUGUGGCAGGCAGCACAUCCUCGGUGGCAGAGAGCACAGAAUAAUUGUUAACGGCAACAGACGAGCCGUGUCUCCAUAGUCUUCACCUCCCCCAAACAUUUGGUCCAAAGGUUUGGUGUAAACCGCGAAGCUGCUGUCUGCGUGGACUGGUGCUGAAGCCUCCCGUCCGACUGCCAGGACCUCUGCCAAAUCCAGAGACAUGGCGACGAACGGCACCAAAACGGAUGCACAAGUGACAGAACUGAACGAAGUGGCAACUAAUGACAAACCCAAGUCACUGGAUGUGAAAGAAGAAAAGAAGAAGGAUCUUCCCGAAAGAGAAACAUGGGGGGGGAGAUUUGAUUUCCUUCUGUCGUGUGUAGGUUAUGCAAUUGGACUAGGCAACGUAUGGAGAUUUCCAUAUCUCUGUGGAAAAAACGGUGGAGGAGCCUUCUUGAUUCCUUAUUUUUUGACCCUCAUAUUCGCUGGGAUCCCCUUGUUUCUGCUGGAAUGCUCCCUUGGCCAGUACACGUCUAUUGGCGGGCUUGGUGUGUGGAAACUGGCUCCCAUGUUCAAAGGUGUUGGCCUUGCAGCAGCUGUUCUGUCCUUCUGGCUAAACAUUUACUACAUUGUCAUCAUUUCCUGGGCUAUUUACUACCUGUAUAAUUCGUUUACCACUGACCUUCCAUGGAGUUCAUGUAACAAUCCAUGGAACACAGAAAAAUGUUACUCAAACUACAGCAUUGCAUAUAACACCAAUCUCACCAGUUCUGUACUGGAGUUCUGGGAGCGAAACAUGCAUCAGAUGACCGAUGGCUUGGAUAAACCAGGACAGAUACGAUGGCCAUUGGCUAUAACACUGGCAAUCGCUUGGGUCCUUGUGUACUUCUGUAUCUGGAAAGGGGUUAGCUGGACGGGAAAGGUGGUGUACUUCUCAGCCACAUACCCUUAUUUCAUGCUGUUCAUUCUGUUCAUCCGUGGAGUUACUCUGCCUGGAGCGAAAGAGGGAAUUCUCUUCUAUAUUACACCUGACUUUCAGAAACUCAAAGAGUCUGAGGUAUGGCUAGAUGCAGCCACCCAAAUAUUUUUCUCUUAUGGAUUAGGACUGGGGUCCUUGAUAGCUCUGGGCAGCUAUAACACGUUCAAUAACAAUGUUUACAGAGACUCAAUCAUUGUGUGCUGCAUCAACUCCUUCACCAGCAUGUUUGCUGGCUUUGUCAUCUUCUCUAUUGUUGGCUUCAUGGCGAACGUGUCAAACAGGCCCAUUGCUGAUGUUGCAGCUUCAGGCCCCGGCUUGGCUUUCCUUGCCUACCCAGAGGCUGUGACCCAGCUACCCGUCUCUCCUCUCUGGGCCAUCCUGUUCUUCUCUAUGCUGCUGAUGCUGGGGAUUGACAGCCAGUUCUGCACAGUGGAGGGCUUUAUCACUGCUCUGGUGGAUGAGUUUCCUACAGCUCUUAGAGGGAGACGAGAGCUCUUCAUCGCAGCUGUCUGUUUUGUCUCCUACCUCAUCGGCCUGUCUAACAUCACACAGGGUGGGAUCUACGUGUUUAAGCUGUUUGACUACUACUCUGCCAGUGGAAUGUGUCUGCUCUUCCUGGUCUUCUUUGAGUGCAUCUCAAUAUCCUGGUGCUAUGGUGUGAACAAGUUCUAUGACAACAUCCAGGAGAUGAUUGGCUAUAAACCCUGUAUAUGGUUUAAGAUGUGCUGGGUCGUGUUCACCCCUCUCAUCGUCGGUGGGGUGUUCCUGUUCAGUGCCUUCCAAAUGGUCCCCCUCACCAUGGGCGACUACGUGUUUCCCGGCUGGGGCCAGGGAGUAGGCUGGCUUAUGGCUCUCUCCUCCAUGUUGCUCAUCCCGGGAUACAUGAUUUACAUGUUCAUUGGCCUCAAGGGCACUUACAAAGAGCGCCUGCGGAUAAUGCUACAGCCCCCAGCAGUGGUACGACGGCCCCAGGAGAAUGGACCUGAGCAACAGGUGGAGACCAACGCAGCAAAUUUAGCUAGCCCUGCUAACCCAGCUGCUCCUGCCAUCCCAGUUGUUCCUGCCACCCCAGCUGUUCCUGCCACCCCGGCUGCCCCAGCUGCCCCAGCUGCCCCAGCCGCCCCAACUGCCCCAGCUGCCCCAGCUGCUGCAGCAAGCCCCACCAAUCCAACCAGCCCUGCUGCCCCAGCCAACCCAGCUCCUCCUGCCAACCCAGCCACUGCAGCCAGUCCUGUGAACCCGACCAGCCCAACCAACCCAACCCAGACCACAAGCCCAACUAACCCGAUCAGCCCCACCUAUCCGCCAAACCCAGUUAGCCCAACAGAGCCUAUCAUCCCCCUCAACCCUGUGAGUCCCCCUAACCUGACCAAUGCAGAGGCCAAUGUCUAGAUGUGAAAGAAACCUUAACGGAGAGAAGAGACCAAGGACUUUCAAGAUUUUAAUUGAUUCACCUACCUCCAGGGGCAAUAUGUGAUCAAACCGGAUUUUAGAUUCAUGUUCAAUUUUUCUGCAUUUGUACAACCAACCUGGUAAUGUCUUAUUAUUGGUACUGUAUGCAUUACAAAAACAAAAAUCAAAGACUGUUAAUGUUCUCAAAACUCCCGUAAAUCUGAGAAAAAAAAGUUAACAUAGUGUGUAAUACUGUGAGAAAAUACAAAUAUUGAAAAUAGAAUAGCAAUUUGUUAAAUAUAUUCAUGAACCGAGUAAAUGCAGUGUGAAUAUAGUAGAGAUGAAGUAGUCACCAUGGUCACCAUGGGAGAGAGGAGGGGACAG